CGAGCCGCCGCUCAGGAGACACCCGUAGGGGACUUGCUUGUUUCAAGUGAAUGAACAAGAGAAGAUGCCUGGCCACCGUCAGCCUAAAUCCCUAGAGGGGCUUAGUUUGGGACGUGUGUGUCAACAACUCGACGGGACGUGCCGCAGGCUGCAAGUGCUCUCACAAGAAUCAUCCGUUGCACAAGUAUUGGCACAUGCAAAGCAGACCAUCAGACCUUAUUACAUAAAUGCCUUGCCAGCACGUUUGAGGUCUCAAGUUAUUGAAGAAACUUCAAAAAUGUUAUAUGGACCUGCAUCUGAUGGAUCAACAUUAAUUUCUGGACCAGCUCCUUUAUACUUAUUGGCCCUUCUUCUUGGCCAUGACAUUAAGCAAUUAAAAGUGAAUCUCUGUUGCUACUAUGGAUGUAGCCAUCAAACAUCAUUAUUGAAAUUGCUUGCAUCAGAAGGAAUUGGACUUGAAUCUUUAGAGUUAGCCCGGUCUGCUUUACUAAGAUUGGACUGCAAAUUAUUAAGGUCUGCACUUUUAAAUAUGAAGAAUCUCAUGAGCUUAACUUUGCGUAACAUUGCCAGUGAUGCAGUGCUUCAAGUGGUAGGAAAAGCUUGUCCAAAACUUGUGCACUUGGAUGUGGCUUGUUCGAGACAAGUAACAGAUGUUGGAUUGAAGCAGUUACUGUUGCAAGUAGAACUUAGGGACAAAGUGCCUCAUGCUACAAUGCAAGAACCCACUAGUUGGUCCCGCUUAAAAACAUUGCUUUCAAAGUUAAAAAUAAAAAAUUCUAAAUCAGAAAAGAAGGAGAAACAAGGGGUACUGCUAGAAUAUUAUGAAAGCAGGAACUUUCUCUGUGAUACACUCAGAGUACUUAAUGUUGCUAAUACUGGUGUGACCAGUGCUGGAGUACUUUUGGCUUUGGUACAUGUUCCAAGGUUGGAAUCUUUGGCAGAAUAUAAUCAUAUGGGAAGAGUAAUGGAAAUUAUGAACAAGGGACUGAUUGGAUUUAAAACUCCAUUUAGUCUAACUCAAGCAAGAAGUUGCAGAACAACACCAGUUCGUUUAGAGCUGUUGGCACAAGCAUGCCCAAAAGUGGAGAAAUUACACAUUUCAGAGCCUCAACAUCCUCCUGAAGCUUUAAGACUAUUCCCCUAUGUUACUUCCCUCAGUGUCCAUAGCAUACCAUCUCAAAGAGAAUGGUUGGAUGGUUUCUAUGAUUAUCUUCGCACAAAUGGUCACAACCUACGCGAACUUAGGCUCAUAAUCACACAAAACGAAAAUCCUAUUCAAAUGGAUUUGAAAGAAAUUUUCGGUAGUUGCCCAAAUCUUAGAACAUUUACCAAUGAUGGGUCCAAUGUAACUUGGACAGAAGGAACUGAUCCUGCUCCAUUGAAAUACUUAAGAAAAAUUCAAUUGGGUCGCAUAGUGAGUGCUAUUGCUAUCACGAAAAUUCUUUCACUAGCACCAGAGUUAACAGCAUUACAUGUUCAUAGUUGUUUUGAUCUCACAAACGAACACUUAGAAAAGUUAUUAAGUGCAUCAACCAAACAAAAAAAUCCAAGGAAGUCUGAUAAGUGUGAAAAUAGUCUAAUACAAAAUCUAACAUGUUUCUAUAUAUAUGAGGCCAGUAAAGUAUCCGCAACUACUGUGCUGAAUAUGUUUAAAAACUGCAAAAGACUGAGAAAAAUCGGAAAUUUGGCAAAUUGGGGAUUAGAUUGUGAAGGUGUAAGAAUGUUAAGAUCGACGUUAACUCGCGCAAAUUUGGACGUGGAUCUAUGUCCAGGAGCACAUUGGUUUUGGAGUAAUUGUAUCCAGUAA